AUGCCAUUCGGGGCGGUGCUGGCGCAGGUCGGGGGGUUGGGCCGCUUCCAGGUGCUGCAGACGGCGCUGCUGGUGGUGCCCAUCCUGCUCAUGGCCAGUCACAACCUGCUGCAGAACUUCACCGCCGCCGUCCCCCGCCACCGCUGCCGCAGGUCUUCUGAUGGCACCUCGGGGUCUUCUGAUGGCACCUUAGGGUCUCCUGGUGCCACCCUGAAGUCCCCUGAUGGCAGCUUGGGGUCCCCCGAUGACACCCAUGGUGCCACCCACAUCACGCUCGAUGACGAUGGUACCCAUCUCCAGCCUGAUGCCACCUUGGGGUCCUCCAAUGGCACCCUGGGACCCGCUGGUGACACCCUGGGGUGGUCCAAUGGCACCCUGGGGUCCUGCUGGCGCUACGUGGCCUUGUCCCUCGUCAAUGGCAGCGCCGGCCCCCGGCCCACUGAGCCGUGCCACGACGGCUGGGACUAUGAACGCGGCAUCUUCACCUCAUCCUCAUCCCCGUAGUGGGACCUGGUCUGCAGCUACCGGCAGCUCCGGCAGAUGGCCCAGUCCAUCUACAUGGCCGGGGUCCUGGUGGGCGCCCUGGUCCUGGGAGGCCUCUCGGACAGGUUUGGGCGCAAGGCCAUGUUGAUGUGGUCCUACCUGCAGCUGGGGGUGAUGGGGACGUGCACGGCCUUUGCCCCCAACUACGCGUCCUACUGUGUCUUCCGCUUCGCCGGCGGAAUGGCCCUCUCCGGCUUCGGCCUCAGCAUCGCCUGCCUGGUGGUGGAGUGGAUCCCCACGCCCUACCGUGCUGUCACCGUGGCCAUCACCGGCUUCGCCUACACCCUGGGCCAGAUCCUGCUGGCGGGCAUGGCCUACGCCGUCCCCCACUGGCGCUGGCUCCAGCUCACCGUCUCCGUCCCCUUUUUUGUCUUCCUCCUCUACUCCUGGUGGUUGGCCGAGUCUGCCCGUUGGCUGGUGCUCUCAGGGAAGGCCGAGAGGGCCGUGAAGGUCCUUCAGCGAGUGGCCACCAUUAACAAGAAAAAGGAGGAAGGGGAGAAGCUCACGGUGGAGAUCUUGAAGUCCAACAUGAAGGAGGAGUUGGCUGGUCUGAAGUCCUCCUACACCGUCUCUGACCUUGUCCGGACCCCGGUCAUCCGUCACAUCUUCUUCUGCCUCUCCAUCGUCUGGUUCUCCAUCAGCUUCUCCUACUACGGGCUUGCCAUGGACCUGCAGAACUUUGGGGUCAGCAUUUACCUCAUCCAGGUGAUUUUCGGCGCCGUGGACUUCCCGGCCAAAGUGGUGGUGACCAUCUCCGUGAGCUACAUCGGCCGGCGGGUGUCGCUCAUGGUGACCCUCUUCUUCGCUGGGCUGGUCAUCGUUGCCAACAUCUUUGUCUCCACAGAGCUGCAGACGCUGCGCACG